ACCCGCGCCUGCGCGCGGCCGCUCCCUUACUCGUCAGCCGGCCUCUUCCGGCCAGCUCGUAGGGGCGUGGCUGCCCUGACAACAUGGCGGCGCCCGGGAAGAUGAUGUUUCCGGAGAAACCGAGUCACAAAAAGUUCAGAGCCGCCCUGAAGAAGGAGAAACGAAAGAAACGGCGGCAGGAACUCGCUCGAUUGAGAGACUCAGGACUCUCACAGAAGGAGGAGGAGGAUGCUUUUAUUGAAGAACAACACCUAGAAGAAGAGAUGCUGUUGGAGAUAGAGAGGCAAAAAUUACAUGAGGCAUGGUUGCUUCGGGAGCAGAAAGCACAAGAAGAAUUCAGAAUAAAGAAAGAAAAGGAGGAGGCAGCUCGAAAACGACAGGAAGAACAAGAGAGAAAGUUAAAGGAAGAAUGGGAAGAGCAGCAGAGAAAAGAGAGAGAAGAGGAGGAGCAGAAGCUACAGGAGAAGAGAGAAAGAGAGGAAGCUGUGCAGAAGAUGCUGGAGCAGGCUGAAAACGAGUUGGAAAAUGGUGCCACAUGGCAAAACCCAGAACCACCGACGGACUUACGGAUAAUGGAGAAAGACCGAGCCAAUUGUCCAUUCUACAGUAAAACAGGAGCGUGCAGAUUUGGAGAUAGGUGCUCACGUAAACACAAUUUCCCAUCCUCGAGUCCCACACUUCUGAUUAAAAGCAUGUUUACGACAUUUGGGAUGGAGCAGUGCAGAAGGGACGACUAUGACCCUGAUGCAAGCCUAGAGUACAGUGAAGAGGAAACCUACCAGCAGUUCCUGGACUUCUAUGAUGACGUGCUUCCCGAGUUCAAGAACGUUGGGAAAGUGAUCCAGUUCAAGGUCAGCUGUAACUUGGAACCUCACCUGAGAGGCAAUGUGUAUGUUCAGUACCAAUCGGAAGAAGAAUGCCAAGCAGCCCUGUCUCUGUUUAACGGGCGAUGGUAUGCGGGACGGCAGCUCCAGUGCGAAUUCUGCCCGGUGACUCGGUGGAAAAUGGCAAUUUGUGGUUUAUUUGAAAUACAACAGUGUCCGAGAGGAAAACACUGCAACUUUCUCCACGUGUUCCGAAAUCCCAACAAUGAGUUUUGGGAGGCUAACAGAGACAUCUACCUGUCUCCAGAUCGGACUGGCUCCUCAUUUGGCAAGGGCUCAGACAGGAGAGAGAGGAUGGGCCACCACGACGACUACUACGGGAGGCCCAGGAGGCGGAGAAGCCCUAGUCCGUCGCAUUCCUACAAGAGAAAUGGGGAAGCUGAGAGGAAAAGGAGAAGCAGCCACCGGGGGAAGAAGUCUCACAAACACCUGUCAAAGAGUCGCGAGAGGCACAGUUCGCGCAGUAGAGGAAGAAAAAGGGAUGGCAGCCGCAUCCGGGCCAGCCGGAGCCAGAGUUCCUCCAGGUCCAGGAGUCGUGGCAGGAGGAGGUCAGGCAGCAGAGACAGGACAAUGCAGAGUCCCAAAUCCAAAUAAACCGAUUUUGUUCCGAAA